AUGACGGAUAUGGGCACGGAAGUCCACUCGCCGCUUGCCGAUGCCUGGACUGCCUUCACGCCGUUGGUGACGGUUUCUUUCAAGCCUCACCACGAUGAAUAUCCGCUUCGCGACAUGGAGACAUGGAGAUGUGACCGAGAGUGGCGCUUCUAUCGUCGCAAGCGUCGCGAGCAUCUUCACGAGGGGAUUUCAAGGCACGGUGCCUCCAUCGUCGCAUGGCGUUAG